CCUUUGUGUCAACGGCACAUUUAGUGGCUUGAAGUAUUUUAUAUCGUGAAACUACCACAAUAUUUUGAACAAUGCCUCCAAGACCAUCAUCAGGUGAACUAUGGGGCAUCCACUUGAUGCCCCCAAGAAUCAUAGUAGAAUGUCUACUACCGAAUGGGAUGAUAGUGACUUUAGAAUGCCUCCGUGAGGCAACGUUAGUAACUAUUAAACAUGAACUGUUUAAAGAAGCAAGAAAGUACCCCCUUCAUCAACUUCUUCAAGAUGAAUCUUCUUACAUUUUCGUAAGUGUUACCCAAGAAGCAGAAAGAGAAGAGUUUUUUGAUGAAACACGACGCCUUUGUGACCUGCGGCUUUUUCAACCUUUCCUCAAAGUCAUCGAACCAGUGGGCAACCGAGAAGAAAAGAUCCUCAAUCGAGAAAUCGGUUUCGCGAUUGGCAUGCCCGUCUGUGAAUUUGACAUGGUCAAGGACCCAGAAGUGCAGGACUUUCGAAGAAAUAUUCUUAACGUUUGUAAAGAAGCCGUGGACCUUCGAGAUGUUAACGCGCCCCAUAGUAGAGCAUUGUAUGUCUAUCCUCCAAAUGUAGAGUCGUCGCCCGAACUGCCAAAGCACAUAUAUAAUAAGCUAGAUAAAGGGCAAAUAAUAGUGGUGAUUUGGGUGAUAGUGUCUCCAAAUAAUGACAAGCAGAAGUACACCUUAAAAAUCAACCACGAUUGUGUGCCAGAACAAGUGAUAGCUGAAGCAAUUAGGAAAAAAACACGAAGUAUGCUGCUGUCGUCUGAACAACUUAAACUCUGUGUCUUAGAAUAUCAGGGCAAGUAUAUUUUGAAAGUAUGUGGCUGUGACGAAUACUUACUCGAAAAGUAUCCCCUGAGCCAAUAUAAGUAUAUAAGAAGCUGUAUAAUGCUUGGUCGGAUGCCCAAUUUGAUGUUAAUGGCUAAAGAAAGCCUUUAUACCCAGCUGCCAUUGGAUACUUUUACAAUGCCAUCUUAUUCCAGACGCAUCUCCACAGCGACACCAUAUAUGAAUGGAGAAGCUUCGGCAAAAUCUCUUUGGGUCAUUAACAGUGCAUUACGGAUAAAGAUUCUGUGUGCAACCUAUGUAAAUGUAAAUAUUCGAGACAUUGACAAGAUUUACGUUCGAACGGGUAUCUACCAUGGAGGAGAACCAUUAUGUGACAAUGUAAAUACUCAGAGGGUCCCUUGUUCCAAUCCCAGAUGGAAUGAAUGGCUGAUGUAUGACAUGUACAUUCCUGAUCUUCCCCGUGCGGCUCGGCUCUGCCUUUCCAUUUGUUCCGUUAAAGGCAGGAAGGGUGCAAAAGAGGAACACUGCCCUUUGGCUUGGGGAAAUAUCAACUUAUUUGAUUAUACCGACACUCUUGUAUCUGGGAAGAUGGCUCUGAAUCUGUGGCCAGUACCUCAUGGAUUGGAAGACUUGCUCAACCCCAUUGGCGUUACUGGCUCAAAUCCAAAUAAGGAAACUCCAUGCUUAGAGCUGGAAUUUGAUUGGUUCAGCAGUCCUGUGAAGUUUCCCGAUAUGACAGUAAUUGAAGAGCAUGCUAAUUGGACUGUAUCACGAGAACUGGGAUUUAAUUACUCCCACGCCGGACUGAGUAACAGGAUAGCUAGAGACAAUGAGUUACGAGAAAACGAUAAAGAGCAGCUCCGGGCAAUUUGUACAAGAGAUCCCCUUUCUGAAAUCACUGAGCAAGAAAAGGACUUCCUUUGGAGCCACAGACAUUAUUGUGUGACUACCCCAGAAAUCCUACCAAAACUGCUUUUGUCUGUUAAAUGGAAUUCUAGAGACGAAGUAGCCCAGAUGUACUGCUUGGUAAAAGAUUGGCCGCCGAUCAAACCCGAACAGGCAAUGGAACUUUUGGACUGUAACUAUCCCGACCCGAGGGUCCGGGCCUUUGCAGUUCGUUGCCUGGAAAAAUAUCUGACUGAUGACAAACUCUCUCAGUACCUCAUUCAAUUAGUCCAGGUUUUGAAAUACGAGCAAUAUUUGGAUAACUUGCUUGUGAGAUUUUUACUUAAGAAGGCACUGACCAAUCAAAGGAUAGGACAUUUUUUCUUUUGGCACUUAAAGUCUGAAAUGCAUAAUAAAACGGUCAGCCAGCGAUUUGGUUUGCUUUUGGAGUCCUAUUGCCGUGCAUGUGGAAUGUAUCUAAAACACCUGAACAGGCAGGUGGAGGCUAUGGAGAAAUUGAUUAACCUUACGGAUAUUCUCAAGCAAGAGAAGAAGGAUGAAACUCAAAAGGUGCAGAUGAAGUUCCUAGUUGAACAGAUGAGACGGCCCGAUUUCAUGGAUGCUUUACAAGGCUUUAUCUCUCCUCUUAACCCUGCCCACCAGCUGGGAAAUCUCAGGCUCGAGGAGUGUCGGAUUAUGUCAUCUGCAAAACGGCCACUGUGGUUAAAUUGGGAGAACCCAGACAUCAUGUCAGAGUUGUUGUUUCAGAAUAACGAGAUCAUCUUUAAAAAUGGGGAUGAUUUACGUCAGGAUAUGUUGACACUUCAGAUCAUUCGAAUUAUGGAAAACAUCUGGCAAAACCAGGGUCUUGACCUCCGAAUGUUACCUUACGGAUGUCUUUCAAUUGGAGACUGCGUGGGGCUUAUCGAGGUGGUGAGAAAUUCCCAUACAAUUAUGCAAAUUCAGUGUAAAGGAGGCCUUAAAGGUGCAUUGCAGUUCAACAGCCAUACAUUGCAUCAGUGGCUCAAAGACAAGAACAAAGGAGAAAUGUACGAUGCUGCCAUUGAUUUAUUUACACGUUCUUGUGCUGGAUAUUGUGUUGCUACCUUCAUCCUGGGAAUUGGGGAUCGCCACAAUAGUAACAUCAUGGUAAAAGAUGAUGGACAACUGUUUCAUAUAGAUUUUGGACACUUUUUGGAUCACAAAAAGAAAAAAUUUGGUUAUAAACGGGAGCGUGUGCCAUUUGUCUUAACACAAGACUUCUUAAUAGUGAUUAGUAAAGGUGCCCAAGAAUGCACUAAAACAAGAGAAUUUGAGAGGUUUCAGGAGAUGUGUUACAAGGCUUACCUAGCCAUUCGCCAACACGCCAAUCUCUUCAUCAAUCUGUUCUCGAUGAUGCUCGGCUCCGGAAUGCCAGAACUCCAGUCCUUUGAUGACAUCGCCUAUAUUCGGAAAACCUUGGCCUUGGAUAAAACAGAGCAGGAGGCUCUGGAGUAUUUCAUGAAGCAAAUGAAUGAUGCACACCAUGGAGGCUGGACAACAAAAAUGGACUGGAUCUUCCACACGAUAAAGCAACAUGCUUUGAACUGAAGUGGCCGCGGAGAAACCGAUAGCCCGAUACCUGGGUCAAUACGCAGCACCGUUAGUGACUGGCAGCAGGCAAAAGACUGGUUGCAUAGGAAUUGCACAAACCAUGAACAGCAUUAGCAUUUACAGCAAGAGCAGAAAUAAAGUAUACCGUUUAAGUGAUGUAAACAACGAACAGGGUUUAAUAGCACUAAAAUAGUACAUUUCAAAAUUAAGCUUUACUUAAAAAUGCGCAAUUUCAUGUUAUGCCUUAAGCCCCAAAAGGUAAACUUUGAAGAUUGUUUGUAUCCUUUUUUUAAAAAAAACAACAAAACAAAAAAUGAAAUAUAUAGAAAUGGAGGAAGUUAAGGAAAAAGAAUCAUGUUCUCUUAUUUUGCAAGUGGUGUUUUGAAAUGGACAAGCAACAAAAAGUCUAUCACUACAGUGAGGUAUAAAUGAAAUCUGAGAGUGAUUUGGAGUUGCAAAAAAAUGGAAAAUAUAGGACCUAUUUUCACUGCUACUCAAUUAGUCUGAAAUGUUUUGACUCCCAGUUCUAAAGAAGAAAAAUGCUCUUGGGGUGGGAAGGAAUCUUAAAAUUCACCUGAGGAUUUUUUUUUUCUUUUCAAUAAAUCAAACCUUUCUAUGACUUGGAAUCUUAUCUGCACAAUUUGGGGAGCAGUAAAAAAAAAAAUGAGACCAAUUAUGGAUGUUCUUCCUGGGCAAUGGGCAACAUUUAGAGGGAUCAGAAUGUUAAUUCGAGACCUCCCCCAGGAAAAAUCACAAUGAACAAGGAACGAGGAGGAUUUGGACCCAGAUAGUGCAGUAUUCACCUGAAGUUUUAUUUUUUUUUUCCAUUUGCAAGUAAAUGGAA